CCUCUCGACCAUUCACUCAACACUUGAAAGAAUAAGAAUAAGAAGAAACUAGUUUCUUUCUUCUGUUUCUCUGUUUCCCUUAUUGUAACAACGAGGGAAGGGAAGAGAAAUUAGAAAAAGUUUUUGUUCAUUUUUGAAUCACAAGAAGCUUCCAUUACGCAAUUUCAAAGCCCAAUGGCAGCUUCUUCCUAUCUCAAUCGUUUUUCAAUCAAGAAAUUACCAGUUACUACCACCGUUCCUCUCCCUCUCGUCAUUCAUGGCUUAGUUGGCUUCGUUUUAUUGUACAUAAUUUUAGAUUGGGGUAGAAAAUUUCUCAAUUUUUUAUCCCAUUCGCAAAAAUCCAAGCAUGGUUCCUCAGAAAAAGGCAAGCAUAUAUCACAUAAUGUGCCUUAUCUGUUAGUUGAUGGACAUUUAUGCAGAGAUGAGGUAGAAACAACAAUGAGUAAACUUGGAAUUUUUUGUAACCCUGAAGGUGAAAAACUUCAUCAUGAGUGGUUAGAUUCGGACAAUUUUACUGACUUGUUUGAAGCGGAAAAAGAAAAAGAAGAAUAUGAUGAUAAUGAUGAUAAUAAUAGUAAUAAUAAUAUUAUGGAAGAAUUAGGAGAUGCAUUUAAUGUAUAUGAUGAAAACAGAGAUGGUUUCAUUGAUGAAAUGGAAUUGCAGAAAGUUUUAUUAGCACUUGGAUUAAAGGAAGCUGCAGAAUUGGAGAAUUGCAGGAAGAUGAUAUUGGCCUUUGAUCAAAAUGGAGAUGGAAAGAUCGAUUUUGCAGAAUUCGUAGAAAUGAUUUAACUUCUUUUUUUGUGUUUGUUUAACAGCAACAAAUUCAUGAGCAAUUUUAAUUGUGAGUUUAUUGUUUUUGCAAAACAAGAAAAAAUAUUACUACAAUACAAACUACAUCCCAUUCUUUUGUUGGA